AAUCCAAACAGCAAUCCUGAGGUGUCUUCAGGAUGAAUAUGAUAUUCAGAGUCACGGAGUGCUUCACUUCCUCCUCCGGUCUCACCUCCCUCGGCUUCAUGCUUUCCCCACAGCUGGUGCUGGAAACCGCGAAUGGCUCGCUAGCGCGGGCGGGGGCGGCCCAGGGGCCAGAGCCGGAGGCGGCGGAGAUGAGGCGAGGCUAGGCAGCAAGCGCCAGUGCAGAGCUCAGCCUCGAACACAGUUUUCCUCCUGGACCUGUCAAGUCAGACCUCACGUGUACACCGGGAGAAUCUACCAAAGGCUACCUAACCAGCCGCGGCCUCUGAGCGCUGCGCUGAUGUGCCAGGAGCGGAAGGUCAGAAACAGACGGAGGGAGAAGAAAAUGGAGCGCGAGUGACAAUCAGACUAGGAUGAGAAUGAAUGGGAGCAGAUGAUGCGGCCCCCUCGCCCGGCGCCCCCUCCCCCACGUGCUCAUACCCCCAGCGACUACUCCCGGGGAGGCCUGUGAAGCCGCCGCAGUAAAAGGAGACGGAGGAAUAUAUAUCCUCAAGUUGGAAAGGACUCUGACCCGGUUACCACUUCCUCGGCUUUCUGAACUUUUCCUCUCGGUCUCCUGGGCUGGAGUGAGUCUUGCCAUCCCCCUUGCGUGCGUUCGUUCCCCUAAGAGGCAUCCUGUCCUCCUCCUAGACUCUAGACCCGCCACCUCCCCCUGCACGCCCGCUCCACCCCCUAAGUAACGAGGCUUUGAAUACGUACACCUCCCGGGCUAGGAAUCUCCCUCGCAGAUUUAGCGGGGGCUGAGGGCGUAAGUCCCGGAAGGUGUGCCCUGGGGCUGUCCCUGGCUGGGACCGCUUCUGAGCACUCGCCCGGGCGCGACCCCCUCCCCUCCCCGCAGCCUGGGCGCGCCCGGCUCGUGCGCUGCUGUCGCGCACUCGCCGCGCCCUAGCGGCCAGAGGGGGAACGAGCGCAGGGGUGCGCGGGUGGGAGGCACCCCCCUCGGGAACCAGGGAAAUCCCGGCCGCCGCCAGGGGCCGUGCCACCACCCUCGCCCGACCGAGGCUUCCGGCGCGCCCCCAACUUUGUGGCGCCCUCAGGCAGCGGCGGCGGGGAUGGAGCUGCCUUCCCGAGGGCGGGCGCCGCUGGACUCGUCGCUGGACAGCUGCUCCCUGACCUCGUUGGAGUCCAGCGUUUUCUGCAGCGAGGGCGAAGGGGAGCCCCUGGCGCUCGGGGACUGCUUCACGGUCAACGUGGGCGGCAGCCGCUUCGUGCUCUCGCAGCAGGCACUGUCCUGCUUCCCGCACACGCGCCUGGGCAAGCUGGCCGUGGUGGUGGCCUCGUGCCGCCGCCGCGGGGCCCUGGCCGCCGUGCCCAGCCCCCUGGAGCUCUGCGACGAUGCCAACCCCGUGGACAACGAGUACUUCUUCGACCGCAGUUCGCAGGCAUUCCGCUACGUCUUGCACUACUACCGCACCGGCCGCCUGCACGUCAUGGAGCAGCUGUGCGCGCUCUCCUUCCUUCAGGAGAUCCAAUACUGGGGCAUCGACGAGCUCAGCAUCGACUCCUGCUGCAGGGACAGAUACUUCAGAAGGAAGGAGUUGAGUGAAACGUUAGACUUUAAGAAGGACACAGAAGACCAGGAGAGUCAACAUGAGAGCGAACAGGACUUCUCACAAGGACCUUGUCCCACUGUCCGCCAGAAGCUCUGGAACAUCCUGGAGAAACCUGGAUCUUCCACAGCUGCUCGAAUCUUUGGGGUCAUCUCCAUCAUCUUUGUGGUGGUGUCCAUCGUCAACAUGGCCCUGAUGUCAGCUGAAUUAAGCUGGCUGGACCUGCAGCUGCUGGAAAUCCUGGAGUACGUGUGUAUCAGCUGGUUCACUGGCGAGUUCAUCCUGCGCCUCCUGUGCGUGCGGGCCAGGUGCCGCUUCCUGAGGAAGGUGCCGAACAUCAUAGACCUCCUUGCCAUCUUGCCCUUCUACAUCACUCUUCUGGUAGAGAGCCUGAGUGGGAGCCAGACUACACAGGAGCUGGAAAAUGUGGGGCGCAUUGUGCAGGUCUUGAGGCUGCUCAGGGCUCUACGCAUGCUAAAGCUGGGCAGACAUUCCACAGGAUUACGCUCACUCGGGAUGACAAUCACCCAGUGUUAUGAAGAAGUCGGCCUACUGCUCCUCUUUUUGUCUGUGGGAAUUUCUAUAUUUUCAACUGUGGAAUAUUUUGCUGAGCAGAGUAUUCCUGACACAACCUUCACAAGUGUCCCUUGUGCAUGGUGGUGGGCCACAACAUCCAUGACUACUGUGGGAUACGGGGACAUUAGACCAGACACCACCACAGGCAAAAUCGUGGCCUUCAUGUGCAUAUUAUCAGGAAUCCUUGUCUUGGCCUUGCCUAUUGCUAUUAUUAACGACCGCUUCUCCGCUUGCUAUUUCACCUUAAAGCUCAAGGAAGCAGCUGUUAGACAGCGCGAAGCUCUGAAGAAGCUUACCAAGAAUAUAGCCACUGACUCAUACAUCAGUGUGAACUUGAGAGAUGUCUAUGCCCGGAGUAUCAUGGAGAUGCUUCGGUUAAAAGGCAGAGAAAGGGCAAGUACUAGGAGCAGUGGAGGAGAUGAUUUCUGGUUUUGAAGCCACUUUCAGUUUAUUUACAAAAGCUUGUGUACAACUAACUCAACUGAUAAAGCCUUGAUAUGGAUGUCUAUGUACUGUUGAAGAGUCUCUUUUGAGUAUACCACCUGUGUUAGUUUUUGCUGAUAUUUUGCUUGGUCUGCUAGAAUAGUUCACGUCCCCCAAAUCGAGUGCACAUUGUUUCGACACAGUUGAGCCGCAAAAAAUAGUCAUUUAACAUAACCCAAUACAAGUAGGCCAAAUGUCUGGAUUGUCAAAUAUAAUAGUGCAAUACAUCCAACAAAGUUAAAAGUUUUAUGCAUCACUAAUUUUAAGGUGUUUUGCACCACUAAUGUAAAAAGAAUGGGAGUUAAGCUACACGGCCCAGAGAAAAGGUAAGUGAACAUUUAAGAACAUACUGGACAUUCUUCAAGUAAAUAAAUCACUCCUUCCUCCAUCAGUUAAAGUUGUUACAUACAACAAUUAGCUUUGCAAGCUUAAAUCCUGAUUUGAUAGCCAUAGAUGGUGUCUUCCCUCUGGUGCAAACCACUCAUCACAGAGGGACUAACUUCUGAUUUCAGUCAUUACUGUUGGAGGUGGGAAUCCCCAGGCUGCUUAACCACUGACAGAACAGGGGCUUCAAGAACUGUACAUUCUCAUUGUCUCCAUGGAGUGCAGUAGUGUAGCCUAAAGCAGGUUUCUCUUGUACCCCUUGGAAAUUAGAUGGUCUUUAAAAAUCUCUUUAUUGAUGUGGUGUUCAAAUUAUGUCUUUAAAAUCACGAAUGUGUAAAGGUGAAGUAGUGAACAUCCUAAAAAUAUACACUAAAAGUAUUAAAUAGUCUUAUUUCAUAAAAUGAGAAUGAUAUGUUGACUGAUAUCACUGGAUGAACUUGAAAAUCUUUUAUUUGUUAACAAAAAUAUUAUAGAUAGCUUUCUGGCUUUUGGGGUAAAUAGCAAAUGUUCCAACUUUGCACGCAUUUGACAGCAUUUGACGGUCAUUCGUGAUAAUGAUAAAAUUCCUAGACAUUCUGUUAUAUGAUUAAAACCAAAAGUUCUAAACCUAAGAAUUAGUUGAUGAUUCCCAAUAUUCUAGUAAAUGAGUUUUUAAAAACUAAGAGUGAUAUGUAGUGUCACUUUAAUACCUGCCUUCUCAGUGGGUGUAAUAGUGUCCCAAAGGGAUGAAAUUGGUUCUUAGGGGGGGGAAAAAAUCAGUCCUUUUAUUCAGAAAACACAUACAUACAUGCAAUACAUAAACAGAUAUAGAGUAUACCUAUGGUGUUAAAAUUUCAUGAAGUGGAAAAUUAGAGAAAAAAAAUGCCUAAAAGGCUCCUUGCCUGGGUUGGGUGGUGAUAAGAAAUACAUAUUGAGAAAUACUGCUUUAAUAUAUGGCUAUACCAUAUUUCAUCAAUUCUAGUUAAAACACUUUAUUAUAUUAUGAACCACGAAAACAAAAGGGAUGGAGUGAAGGAGAGGGGUAGGGACAGAAGGGAGGAAGGACAGAGAAAGGAAGGAGGAAUUGAAGGAAGGAAGGAAGGAAGGAAGGAAGGAAGGAAGGAAGGAAGGAAGGAAGGGAGGGAGGAAGGGAGGAAGGGAGGAAGGGAGGGAGGGAAAGAGGAAGAAGAGGGAGGAAGAAAGGAAGGAAAGAAGAGAGAACCCAGUCAAUUAUAAGAUGCCAUUGAUUAUAAAAUCCGUCCAGAUUUUGGAUAAGUAAGGUUUUAAAUACACAUCUUAAAUCAAUAAAAUAUCAUAUAUAUUACCUCUGGUGUUUGGUGUUUAAGCUCUGAAAACAUUUUCAGUGGUGUCAUGAGCUUUAGGUUGUAUGUUAAAAUAUUUUAAUCCACUUGGCCUGUUUUCACUUCUCCCAAAUAUCGUGAAAGAUGUAGGAGAUAUGAAUGGUAAUAAAGUAAAUAUUUUCCCUCUUACACAAUGCACACAGGUGCUGGAAGAUAGCAUAGGGUCACUAAUUCUAGUAUAAAUCCCACCCAUAAUCUGAAGGGGAGAUAAGACACAGAAGCCAAACUUACUGUGGCUUCUCUAGAACUCUCCCCAUUAAGAAUAGUUGCUCUGAUCUAGGACUGUGCUCUAUGCCCAAGAUGUAUUAUGUCAUUAAUCCCAAAAUAUCCCUAUUAAACAAUUACUGUUAUCCUGCUUUAAGUAUUACAUUUAUUUAUUCAAAAAACACUUAUUUAGGACCCAUUUGUGCGCUGGGCACUAGGGAUUCUUAAAGCAGACCAAGUCCUACUCUCUUGUAUUUAAUAUUCUAUUCAACAGUGUGAGGGGAACACAGAUGAUGAAAUGGAGUCAUAGGAGGGUGAAGUAACCUGGCUAAAUUCACACACCCCAUACACAGGUGACAGAGCCAGGAAUGAAUCCUAAUCUGCCGAACCCUGAAAAUGAUACUCCCAAAAGUCAUAUUAUAGAUUUCAUUAUUCCCACACAGUUGUGGAUAGGGAUUCACUUUGUAGGCAGGCAAGUCAAUUUCUUGUGUAUGGAGAGGUUUACUAUGCCUUAAGAAAAAUUUCAGCUUAUUCUCAGAGGUAGAAUGUUGAUUAUAAGGAAAGGUCAUUGUCAUGCCUUACAGUCAUUAUAAGACAAGAAAAAUACUAUCUUUAGAAUAAUUAGUAGCUAUAAAACAAAAAAUAAGAAAAAUGAAAAAACCAUAUGUAUUCUAUAUAGAUUUUUUUUUCUACCACCAAAGACUCUAAGCAUGUUCUUCACAAAUGUGGUAUGUUAGUAGUAUAUAUUUUGUCAAGAUGUGGACAUUUCAAAAGAAAUUUUAAAUACCACUGCUUAGUCACCUUUGCUGUUAUAUAAAAUAUCAGUGUACUUAUUCAGCAAUGUACAUAUAAGCAAACCAAAUUUAAUUUAAGUAACAUAUGAAGUAUCUGUUAAUUUUAUAUCCCAUCGUUUAAAAAAACAUUUGAUAUUUUUCAGAAAUGUAAGACUUAUUGCUAUAAAACAAUAUAUUUAAUUUGUUUGGAAAUAUCAAUAAUGGAAUUAUUGGCUUUCUUUAAGCUAUUUAGACAACACUAAUUAAAAACAUUUGUGUGCACAGAGGUAAUGCUUGAGUACCUAAAAGAGCAAUUUUAAGAAAUCACUGUGGUAUCUCUAGUAGAACUGGCGUGAUGUUCGUGUUUUACCGGGUUUUUUUCCUGUAUAUACAAGGAAUUGUUGCAUUUGUCAUUUUAAUACAAAGUAGUAUUAAGUAUAAUGAAUUAGAUGCACAAAGAAGUUAACUGAGGUAGAAAUCUUAGUACUGUGUUUCAUUGUGGAAUUCCUACUCCUAUUAAAAUCUUUUGACUAAGCCCUUGCAGAGAAUAUAUAUGCUGGCCCAAGUUAUCCGAGCAAAAUAUUAUCAUAGGGUAAGAUUAAUGCUUCAACAAACAUUUCCACUGAAACAUUUUGUUAACAUGAAAAGCCUGCUCUUUUGAAAUAUUAGCCAUUAAUAUCUCUGUCUUAUCAGUCCUUCAAUUCUGGCCCAAGAUACCAUUUGGCAAAUGACAUGUGUUAGUGCUUCCCUUGGUGAUUUUCCUUCGCAAAGCACCACCACUCCCAACAUUGCUCCAAGCCAUGCUGAUACAUGAAAUAAAAAUGUAAGGGUGCCUGGGUGGCUCAGUCAGUUAAGCAUCUGACUCUUGAUUUUGGCUCAGGUCAUGGUCUCAUGGUUCCUGAGAUUGAGCCCCACAUUGGGCUCUGUGCUGACAGCAUGGAACUUGUUUGGGAUUCUCUCUCUCCCUCUCUCUGCCCCUACCUUGCUGGCGCACACUCUUUCUCUCUUUCUCUCAAAAUAAAUAAACUUUAAAAAAACGUCACAUAAGGAGAGUUUUACUCAUACUCUGCAGGUAAUUGCUUACAUGAUGUCUUUAGGGUUAAUGGGAAACCUGAAUACUCACCAUCUCCAUGUCCUCACUUGCCUUAUAUUAGAACCACUCCCUUGUCUACCCCCUCAACUCCAUUGCCCCCCUCUUCCUUUUUGGUAUUCAAUCAGUAAGACCCAAAGCCUAAUUAAAUCCAGUCCAGUGCCUACUUGUGCCUGCCUCCGCAGAGCUGAUCAUGAGUACAGAAAAAACCAAUGUAUGCAGACUGCUCUCAUUUUACAUUCUUGCCUACAACCCCAAAUGGGUUCUUAAUGCUGCUAGGCAAUCAUACUGCAAUUCCUGAAUGUAUUCACUCUCUCUAGAUAAAUAUAGACCUCUAACACCUCCUUUUCAUUCCACUUUCACUGAGAAAAUAGAAUCACAUUUUCCACAAGGGCCGACACCCACAUUUACCCACCUACCUCCACCUGUGCCUAUUCACUCUGCCUUUCCUCCUAUUAUGUGAAUUGAACUGUCCAUCCUACUCCUCCUCUCCAACUCUAGGACAUUGCUUCAGGAAGCCUUCCCCCUCUCCCUAUUACACCAUCACUUUUCCCCCUUGCUAGGGGAUCAUUUCUAUUAACACAAAAACAUGAUUAAUUGUUCCCAUCUUAAAAAUAAAAACAAAAGCAAACAAAUGAAUUUUUAAAGCUCCUAGAACCUAUAUCACCCUCUAGGACACGCCCCAUUCCCUGGUCUCCUUUAUGGCAAAACUCCUUGAUAGCAUUUUCUAUAUUCACUUACUCCAUUUCUAUAUUCACUCUUUUCCCUAUUCUUUCUUGAAAAUCCACUCAAAUCAGCCUCCCAACUCUACGUAUCCUAAAACUGUUCUUCUCGAGGUCAGCAAUUAUCCCAAUCACUGAUAAAUUCAGUCAUUAAUUCUUAGAAUUCAUAUUGCUUGAUCCAUCAGCAGCAUUUUAUAAGGUUAUUGACUUGCUAGACACACUUUCUUCUCUUGACUUUCAGUCCACUGCACUCUCCUGAUUUCCCUCUACCCCACUGCUCAUUCAUCUUUUCUGGUUGAGAUGUUUAAUCAGGAUUUAAUCCUCAGAUCUAUUCUCCUCUCUAUUUAC